AUGCUCCUCGAGCAACGGCCCCCGUAUGAUACGGUCGACUUCAAAGCGCUUGCCAAAACCGACAAUGACUUUAAGCAGAUAUGGCAGCGCGCCUCAGGCAAGCUCGACUUUCAAGAUCCACACACUGUUCAAGCCUUAUCCAAAGCAAUUCUGAAAUCAGACUUUGGCCUUGAGCUUGACGUUCCGAAUGACCGCCUCUGCCCACCAAUACCGAAUCGCUGGAACUAUGUCGCCUGGAUACAAGGCCUGGUCGACUCUACAACUUCAGACUACUCAAACAAAUAUGACCCCAACCGCCACGUACAGGGACUAGAUAUAGGAACUGGCGCAUCUGCCAUAUACACCAUGCUAUGUCUGCGAUCGCGCCCAAAUUGGUCCAUGUGCGCUACCGACAUUGAUAAAAAGAGUUUUGACUCAGCCGCCCGCAAUCUUGCUCUCAACAACUUAAUGACACGCACAAAGCUCCUUCAAACCACUGCUCUCACCCCUCUAAUCCCACUGGUUGCCCUUGGAGUCACCCAUCUUGACUUUACAAUAUGCAACCCACCCUUUUUCGCAAGCCCUUCUGAAAUGCGAUCCAGUCUCGCAGGUGAGGGCAAGAGCAGCAAACCCAACGCCAUCUGUACCGGGUCUGAAAACGAAAUGGUAUCCCCCGGUGGCGAUGUUCGUUUUGUGACUGCUAUUGUCAACGAGAGUUUGGUGCUUCGAGAAAAGGUCCAAUGGUAUAGCAGUUUAUUUGGUAAAAUGGACAGUGCAAAAGCUAUCAUCCGCCUGUUAAAACAGCAUGGAAUUACUAACUGGGCCGUGGGCGUGAUUGAGGCGGGAGCAAGCAGUACGAAGCGAUGGAUUGUAGCAUGGAGUUUUGGGGAUUUGCGACCGAGAAAUAGUCAUGCCCGCAUAGAAAAGAUGGCAAACGAAUAUCUUCCUUUCCCAACAAGCUAUCCCAUCACCUUACCUCCCUCUAUCGAUCCCCAGCAAGCCAAAGACGCCAUCACCGCUCAAAUGGCUUCACUUGAUCUUGUUAGCUGGAACUGGGACUCCUCCACGUGUAUUGGCAUCGGUGAGGCGGCGCAAAACGUGUGGAGUCGAUCUUACAGACGCAUGUACGAAAAAAGAGUGAGGGAAGGGAGUGGUGUUGAUGAGAUGCAAGGGACCGAAGAAGAGGGCGGAAGGAAGCAAGUUAAGCUGGCGUUUAGAAUCAGGAUUGUCGACUUGGCAAGGGAGGUGGUAGUGGAGUGGGUCAAGGGAAGGGACCAGGUCUUGUGGGAGAGCUUGUGUGGGCUUGUGCAUAGGCAUUUUAAGAAGACGUGA